CACUGAUUAAAGAACUACUGCUCGUAUAUACAAAAUUUAAAUAAUCUUAUUAUUAGGUUAAAAAGAAAUACAAAACAAGUCUAAGUGAUAUAAGGUACUAUUUUAAUCACGUAUUUAUUUGAUCAAUGUUAUGUUCAUGAGUUAUCCUAGUGUUUCAUUUAAGCUAAAAUCCACUUGAAUGGAAUUCGGUUUUAAAUGCUAACAUUGUCGAUCAUUAUUGCAGAAAUCCUGAAGCAUGAAACCGGAAUUGAUCCACAACGGGACUGAUGGUGUUAAUGUCAUGCAUCCUUGCUUUGAGUCAUCCGAUUUAUUUUUAAUGUUUCCGAGUGACCCUUCUGUAAUCUGUAUCUUAGUAUAUAGUGUCCUUGCUUUUUUGUCUAUUGCUACAAUAUGUGGAAAUCUUCUUGUAAUUACUUCUGUUGUAUACUUCAAACAGCUUCACACCCCUACUAACUAUUUUAUUCUGUCUUUGUCUUUGGCUGACCUCCUCGUUGGUGUUUUAGUCUUUCCUUUCAGUAUGGCUUUGACUGUGACCUCAUGUCUUCAUCAGGAGAAUUUGAUCUGUAAAAUACGAGAUGUUUUUGACGUGUCAUUGUGCACUUCAUCAAUUCUGAAUCUAUGUUGCAUUUCCAUUGACAGAUAUUAUGCUGUGUGUCAGCCUUUAACAUAUAAAUCGAAAAUAACCGAUCAAGUGGCGCUGACUAUGAUUAUAGUGUGCUGGGGUGUUGCUGUUAUGAUUGGACUCAGUAUUGUAAUAGGCGGAUUCAACCAAGGGACAUGUGAGGAAAUGUGCUCUGUUACUGUUAUUUUAUCAAACAUAAUGGGACCUGUUUUGUCUUUUUACCUACCCGCAGUUGUAAUGAGCUGCAUCUACUUGAAGAUUUUCUUUGUAGCUCAAAGGCAGGUGAACAGCAUCCAGAGCUCAAAGUCGUUAAGUAAGGUGGAGAGGAAAGCCACCAAAACUCUGGCAAUUGUUAUGGGAGUGUUUUUAUUAUUCAUGUCUCCUUACUUUUUUUGUGUAGUCUUUCAGCCACUCUUCUCUGACCCCGUAUCAAUUCCUGUGAUUGAAACUUUGAACUGGCUCACAUUAUCUAAUUCAAUGCUAAAUCCAUUUAUUUAUGCUUUCUUUUACAACUGGUUCCGAUCAGCUUUUAAAAUGAUUAUAACUGGAAAAAUAUAUCAAGGGGAUUUUGGUGAUUCAAAAUUGAUUUGA